CUUCAUUUAUUUACCAGCAACUCGAUACAGAACAGGAUUAGUUUUAAUCAUCUCCCAAAUGAUAAACCAAAGGGUGAUAUCAAGAAACUACCUCGUAUUGUUUUCUCAUUGAAUUUAAACGAAUGGCGUCAAUAUGCAUAUUCAGCUAAAGUUCUUGUUGCAACAAUUUGCCUUGAAUCCUUCCCUAAAUUCAAAUGCCUAAGUGAAGUAAUCCCUGACCACCUCCCCCAUGAAUACAGCAAGGAGAUGACCGAAAAAUCAACCAUUGUUGGCAUGCCUAUAAUAAAUGCAGAUGAAUCCCAGUAUGAAGAUUUUGUUGAAAUUUUAAGAACUUAUGAGAACUGGAUAGCUGAGAUUUAUGUUAAAACUGGUAUGCUACAAGAUAUGCCUCAAGUAUACAACCCACCCUUGACAAGCAAUCAUGCCCUCCCAACUCUUCUGCGUGUUCAUUUCGGGAAAAAUAAGUUCGCAUUAUACACGGGUAAAUACGGUAAGUAUGCCAUUGAGAUGUUUGUGAGCAUUAGAGGUGGCACUGGAUAGAACAUUGAAGAUGAUCUAGCCCAAGAAAUUUCAAACAGGUGUAGCAAGAGCAUUGUCCAAAGAAUGGGUCCCAACAAAACUAUGAACUCAAUCAGCAAAGUCUGCAAAGCUGCAACAGGCAUCAAACAGAUUUCUGAGAAAUUUGAUAGUUCUACAGGAAUUCACAAGAAAUCAGUACAGCACUCAAGACCUGAUUACCUUGAGGAUGAAAAAGGUAUGAUUGAUAAGUUAUUGCUAUUGGACCCAUUUGAGUAUGAAGCAGAGAGAUGUCAUGACAGCUUUCCAGAAAUUAAAAGGUGCCCUGUUAAGUACUUAAAUAUUGUAGAAUUUCAUGAGUGGUUAGACAGGCACAAGAAAGAGCUAUCAACAUGAGUGUUGGAAUUUUAACAAAUAGUUUUUAAGAAAUAGUUAUUUAGAAAAACUCUGAAGCAAAUUUUGAUUCCCAAAGUGUAGCUAAGAGUAAUAGUCAUAUAUUGACAUUGGAAGUAUGUUAAAGUGCAACAUGCAUAAGUGUUUUCCAUGGGUUGCCACAACUCUUUUAAUCAAGGGGAAGUUUUGAUUUCUGUUUUUACCUUUGUGUUAGGCUGUUCUGGUUGAGCUCUAGCAGUUAUUAGUUCAUAAUCCAUGAAACAAAUAUCAAAUAACAACUACUGUUUCAAAUUCUCCUUCACAGAUUUAGUGGCCCUUCUCUAAGAAGUUUUAGUACCGGUAACUAAUUAAAAAACAAGUAACCAAGGUUUUGAUGAGAAGUACUCAGAUUAUAAUCAUACUGAUUCUACUAUGUUAAAAUACAAACUGUGAUUCCAGACUAAAGUUUUCAUAUGAGUGGGAGAGCAUUAACAGUGAAAACACAAACUCAUCAAAAUGAUGCAAGUAUGUAACCUGAACACACUUUAUGCUAAAACUGUGGCUUUAUGCUUAAAUUGGUCAAUGUCAUGUUAUGGAACCAGAUGGUGGCAAUAUCCAAAUCAAGGACAAGAUGACACUAUUACUGGAUGAAAUUAAUGUAUAUAUUUUUUUUUACAACAAACUCUAAUACUAAGUAAACACAAUAUUCACAAUAUUUGUAUAGUUGAUAUCUGGACAGCACCAAAUUCAUUGAAUGAGUGUUAAUUAAGUGGAAAUAAAAAGAAUUCAAUGUCAUGUUCUCUACUAACUCUCCUGCUCAGAAGAGUUAGUUGUUUUCAUAACAUCAAAUGUAAACAUAACAUGUAUAUCCUAACAGGAAUUUUAUAAAUUGCUAUUUGCAAAAACUUUGACAGUUUUAAACAAAUUUCAACAAUAUCAAAACUAUAUCAGAAAAUAUGGGAUAUCAUCUCUGAUAUUUUCCUUGAUUAGUAAUAGUGCUAGGGUACUAUGGGGAGCUAAAUAUCAGGGAUGACAUCUCAUAAUUUAUGAUAUAAAAAUCUUACAAUAUGCAUGUAUACAGAAAUGUUUUUUACUGAUUUUACUGAUUUGAAUUAAAAGUUGUCCUUUUUUUGUUAUUGACUGUCUUCCCUGUUAAUUUCUGUGUUAGAGCUCCAUAUUAAGUUAUAUAUUGUCGCACAACUUUCCUCAUUCCAGACACCAAAUUUACUGAGCUGGUCACUCUGAUGAAAUGAACUCAAUGUCUUCCAAUAUUUCCUCGGUGAUUGAUUUGGCAUUGCCAAAAUCAAAAAGUCCUGUGUAUUCCUCUGUAAACUGCAACUCCAGUGUGGUUCUUAUUGACUGUUGAAGGGCUGAUUUAUUCUGUGGUAAUGUACGUACUUUAACCAGGUCUGGAAGAUUACUUUGGGUAGAUUGUUUUUUG